AUGACUCAAGAAGAGUAUGAGGUUUACGUCGUUCAACCAGCUACAUCUGAGAAACCGCUUACCUGUGAGAAUUGCCGAUCCAUAUUUAUAAAUAAUGUAGAAAAGGGCCUUCAUUCUGUAAUACACAAUGACAACAAAUUUUAUGAAUGCCACGUUUGCGGAGAUUUUGCCAACCAAAGCAAACAAGCAUUUGAUAUCCACAUCAGAGAACAUGAAGGGAUUAAAAAAUUCAAAUGUCCUAUAUGUAGUAAACAGUUUACUACCUUUAGACCAGCGUACGAGCAUCAAUUUCUUCACAAGAAGGAAAAACCUUUUGUAUGUGAUAUCUGCCAACAAACAUUCCGAACUUCCAUUGGGGCGAGAAACCACAAAGACUCUGCUCACUAUGAAUUGCUCAAUGGACAAAAAAAUGAAAAGUUACACUGUAAAAUGUGCAACAAGCAUUAUGCGAAUCGUUCAGGCUUAGACGAACACAAUUAUAGGCAUCACAGAGAACUAUGUACGCGAAAGCCAGUUCUGUGUGACAUCUGUUUAAGAGAUUUUCCAUCGAAAUCGGCGAUGAGGAGGCACAAAUCUUCGCACUCAAAAGAAGGUUCAUUUUCAUGUCAAGUUUGUUCAAAGAAGUUGAAGACUAAAAACGGUCUACACCAGCAUCAAUCUGCUCAUACAGGAGAGCAGAAAUAUGAAUGCAAUUAG